CAGGGUAACUUGCUGUUCUUUCUCCGCAUCCCCGCAAUGGGACGAUGCCUCGAGGAGUCUCACAAGUCAGAACUCAUUCCAAAUGUCAACCACUACGUUUAGAACUCUAAAAUAUCUUGGUUAUCCACCAAUACAUUUUUGCGAGUCACCUCGCCGGAUACGCCAAAGUAGCAGCAACAAUGUUAGCAUCACGCUCACUUGCUCGGAUAGCUCGUCUGCCUCUACCGCGAGUCCAGCAGGCCACAUCUCGCAGGACGAUCGGCUCUGUCAGUGCAAUCGACUCGGGCAUCUUCCGCACCUUAUUCGGAACAGAGGAGAUCCGGAAGGUGUUCGACGACGCAGCAUACAUCCAGCGAUGUAUCGACGCCGAGGCCGCGCUCGCCAGAGCCCAAUCACGAUGCGACGUGAUUCCCCCGCGGAUCGGAGACCUGGUUACGCAGAAGAUACGUGAGUCGCAAUUGGACAUGGACCGUCUGCGACAGGAAACGGAGAUCGUGGGAUACCCGAUUCUGCCGCUUGUUCGUCAACUUUCGACGAUAUGCGGCGAGGAGGCUGGGAAGUACGUUCACUGGGGUGCCACGACGCAGGAUAUCAUGGAUCUUGCCAGUGUCCUACAGAUGAAAGAGGGUCUGGAUAUCGUCGAGCGACUUCUCAAGGAAGUCAUCUGCACUCUACGCGGCCUGUCCGUGAAAUACCGUGACACACCCAUGGCAGGCCGCACCCAUCUGCAGCACGCUCUCCCCGUCACCUUCGGCUACAAGUGCGCAGUCUGGCUGUCUGGUUUCCAGCGUCAUGCCGAGCGCUUAGCACAGCUGAAGAGUCGAUGCUUGCUGGUUCAGUUCGGCGGAGCAGCAGGGUCGUUGGCGUCGCUGGGCUCCGGGGACGACGGGCUCCGCGUGCGCAGAGCCCUGGCGGAAGAGCUGGGACUCGAGGACCCGUCCAUCACCUGGCAUGUCGCGCGAGACGGCGUGGCAGAAAUUGUGAACUUCCUGGCGCUGAUGGGUGGGUCGAUGGGCAAGUUGGCCCUGGAUAUUAUUAUGAUGUCGUCGAAUGAGCUAGGGGAGGUGUCCGAGCCGUUUGUUCCCCAUCGCGGCGCCUCCUCCACCAUGCCACAGAAACGCAACCCCAUCUCGAGUGAGGUUAUCCUUGCCGCAUCCAAGAUCUUGCGGUCGAAUGCAGGCCUGGUGCUCGAUGGCAUGGUGGCGGACUUCGAGCGUGCAUCGGGUCCCUGGCAUUUAGAGUGGGUGGCAGUCCCGGAGAGCUUUGUGAUCGCCGUCGGGGCGCUGUCGCAGACGCAAUUCGCUUUGUCCGGCCUAUGUGUGCACAGCAAGCAGAUGAUGGUCAAUCUGCACUCGACCAAAGGGCUUAUCGUGGCGGAGGCAGUGAUGAUGGGUCUGGCACCGCAUGUGGGUCGCCAGAAUGCACAUGAUAUCGUCUACGAGGCAUGUCGGGAGAGCAUCGAGACGCAGCAGACAUUGUUGCACUGCUUGAUGCAGAAGCCGGAGGUGACCUCGAAGCUGACGGAGGAACGCGUGAGCCAGCUCUGUGACCCGGUCAAUUACCUCGGUGCAUCGAUGCGGAUGGUAGAUGAUGUGUUAGCUGUCGAUUGAGAUAUGUUGUUCACGAUGAAUAUAGAGAGGAGUGGAUGGAGUGCUUUUCUUGGCGUUGUUGAUAAGAAAGAAGUGAGGGAUUUCCGGGAGCGUCAACCAUCCACAUGGCCCCACGCUAAGUACUUUCCUUCUGCACGGACGCAGGCCAUGACAGGCAAGACUAAGCAUAAGUAUAGGGGAGCACCCCGCAGG